AUGUCCUCAACGGAAAGAAUUGGUGAAUUGCUCCAAACAGCUGGACAAGCAUUGACUCAACUAGGAUGGUUGACUUGCCAGUUGCACUCAAAUGAUGAUUCUCUAAGUACAAACAAAUGGUCAAAUACUGUAGUUGAUAUGUUAGCUUCAGGUAUUUAA